CUAAUAAUUUACUUUGAUAAAAAAUUGAAGAUUUCAGUAAUGGCUGUAGAUGAUGGAGAUACAUUACCAGAUCGUAGCGCAGCUCGAGGGUUCUACUCCAAAUAUGAACCAAAAGAAGUCCUGGGAAGGGGAGGCUGCUCAGUGGUCAGAAGAUGUAUUGAAAAAGAGACGGGCCAAGAGUUUGCUGCAAAGAUCAUUGAUAUGAGUGAUGCAAAUGACAACAGCAUACUGGAAGCUACAAAGCGUGAAGUUCAAAUAUUACGCAUGGUUGCAGGACAUCCAUACAUCAUUGAGCUCCAUGAUGUUUUUGAAUCAUCAACCUUCAUCUUCUUGGUAUUUGAACUGUGCAAGAAUGGUGAACUGUUUGACUACCUCACAUCAGUUGUCACCUUGUCUGAGAAGAAAACAAAGACAAUCAUGCGGCAGCUUAUGGAAGCUCUAAAGCAUGUCCACUCUAAGAACAUUGUGCAUCGAGACCUCAAGCCAGAAAACAUCCUUCUUGAUGACAACUGCAAUGUCAAACUCACUGAUUUUGGCUUUGCUAAAAUUCUGGAACCUGGGGAAACAUUGAUGGGUGAGUACAUUUCACUCCAAACUUUUAAAUUACUCACCCAUUCUGGUUUAUAAAUCAUGGAAUUGGAAAUAUUGUGGGCAUGCGGCGUGAUCAUGUACACAUUGCUGGUGGGGUGUCCGCCGUUCUGGCACCGCAAGCAGAUGGUCAUGAUCCGCAACAUCAUGGAGGGCAAAUACUCGCUGCAGACCCCGGAGUGGGAUGACAUUACCGACGCUCCUAAGGACCUGAUCUCUAAGCUGCUUGUGGUUGACCCUGAGAAGCGCAUCACAAUCGACGAGGUCUUCGAGCAUCCCUUCUUCCAGCUUGUCCCGGCCGCACGGCGCCCCUCUGCCGCUGACAUCAGCAAUACAGCGCCCGGCUCACCGCCCCCCCUUAAGCACGUCAAGUUGGAGAAAACCUUCAACGCUCGUAAGCAUUUCAAGUUCGCCAUCCUCGUGGUGCGAACCAUGGUCAGGAUCCAGCGACUGCGGUUCACGCCUGAACCGCUGUCCCUUGCCACUGCCAGAGUGGACCCUUACAGACUCAAGGCGCUCAGGAAGGCCCAGUGGGCGAGAGGGAUGGGCCCAGUGGGCGAGAGGGUUGGGUCAGUACAUCUAGAGGCCCAGUGGGCGAGAGGGAUGGGCCAGUACAUCUAG